AUGAUGAAAUCCGUGUCUAUGAACUUCUCCCUCCCCACCACGCGAACCGUUCGCGUUCCCGAAGACAAAAGAGAAGAAGACGGAGAUGUAAAAAUCAAAAUGGAAAAAUGGAAAAAACAGGCAAUGCCAAGAGAAGAAUAG